CUUUGUCCUCGGCUCCUCCAGCCUGCACACUCACUCCCUUAUAACUGUGCUUGGAUACCCUGGGUCUCCGCAUCCCUUGUUUACUCGCUAACUGACAUAUUAUUACCUUGUACCUUAUUUUUGGUCUCCGAUCCACCUGUCAUCCAUCUAUCGCCUCUUCAGAUACUCCAAAAUGGCUUCUCCGCAAAAAAUCCGUACUACUCUUACUGAUCUGCUCAAGAUCAACCACCCCGUCUUCCUGGCGGGUAUGAACGUGGCCGCCGGCCCUAAGUUGGCCGCUGCGGUCACCAACGCCGGUGGUCUGGGAGUCAUUGGAGGUGUCGGAUACACCCCUGACAUGCUCCGUGAGCAGAUUGCAGAGCUCAAGAGCUUCCUGAAUGACAAGAACGCUCCCUUUGGUGUUGAUCUGCUGCUCCCCCAGGUCGGUGGAAGCGCCCGCAAGACCAACUAUGACUACACCAAGGGCAAGCUCAACGAACUUGUCGACAUCAUUAUCGAAAGCGGCGCUAAGCUCUUCGUCUCUGCCGUCGGUGUGCCCCCCAAAGCUGUCGUGGACAAACUCCAUGCUGCAGGCAUCCUGUAUAUGAACAUGAUCGGUCACCCCAAGCACGUCCAGAAGUCCCUCGAUGCCGGCGCGGAUAUUAUUUGUGCUCAGGGUGGUGAAGGUGGUGGUCACACUGGCGAUGUUCCUACCACGAUCCUCAUUCCUACCGUAGCCAAGCUCUGCCAGGGCAAGAAGAGUCCCUUGACUGGUCUGCCCGUGCAGGUGGUUGCUGCCGGUGGCUUGUACAAUGGCAACUCGGUGGCUGCUGCCUUGAUGCUUGGCGCAUCGGCCGUGUGGGUUGGUACUCGCUUCAUCCUGGCUGACGAGGCUGGUGCCCCCAAGGCUCACCAGGAGGCUGUCCGCACUGCUGGCUUUGACGACACAAUCCGCACUAUUAUCUUCACGGGCCGCCCGCUCCGUGUCCGUAACAACGAAUACAUCAAGAACUGGGAAGAGAACCGCCAAGACGAGAUCAAGAAGCUCACUUCCCAGGGUAUUAUCCCGGCCGAGCACGACAUGGAGAACCUCCCUGAUGAUGUUGAUGACGAGACCCUUGAGAAUGCUCGCCCCUUCCUGAUGGGCAAGGUUGCUGCCGUUGUAAACGAGAAGAAGCCUGCCAAGGCUAUUGUUGAUGAGCUUGUGGACGAUGCUGCUGCUCUGUUGCAGAAGGGCAACAAGAUGUUGGCCAAGUUGUAAACUUUUCUCAUUCCAGAUACCAUUUGCAUGCAUAUUGUCAAUGUCAGUUUAAGACAGUUGAACUGUUCAUGAUUUGAUUCAUUCAUACUUCUACCGAAUACCAGUGAAACUGUUUUGGCGGAUGCUUGCUCUUUAACCUAGCUAUACAUUAAGAAUUGAAAUACAAACAUUCUACACUUCU